AUGUCGUCUUUGGCUAACCAGCUUAACAAGAUUGCUGCCAGCAGUACUAGUACUGUUUUGGACAGAAAGAAGCGUCAAAAGAUCCAUUCUACCUCGUUAAUUUUUGAGCCAAAGGUUGCAGCUACCCAAGAUUAUAGUUCAAUUUUAUCCCAUUCUUUGCAAGCUUUGGAAGACUUGGAAGAAGUCAAUAGCAAAUUUGAAAGAUUUAAGUUCUCGUUAUUUUCUGAAACUGCGAUCGGUAUUGAUCGUAAUGUUCAAUCCAAAGAACAGAAUGAUGAUUUGGACAAUGCCAUCGAUAGUUUCUUAUUGUUGGUAGCCCCAUACUGGAAUUCACCAUUAAGUUACAACUCUGUUGAAUGGUUGGUCCGUCGUUUCUAUAUCCAUAUUCAUAAUGCUGAAUCAUUGCUUCUUUCGAUUUUGCCUUAUUAUCGUACCCCAAUUUUCUCCAAGGUGCUCUCGAUAAUUCCAAACUUACCACCAUUGUUUUCAUGGUUGACUGGUUUGAAGAAGUCUGGUAGCCCAGUUACCAGAGAAUCAUUGGUUAAGGGUGGUUUCUGUGAUAUUGAAUUUGUUGAGUUGUACACUAAGUAUUUGGAAGACCUACUUGCCAAAAAUUUUGUCUACCCAAAUCAAUUAAUAUUUUUAGUCAGUUCCAUGGCGUCAUCUUUCGCCUAUAAUGCCACUAACGAAGAAUUUUUGGACAAAUUGGCGGGUCUUGUUUUGAAAUUAUCAGCCCAAUUAUUGGCAACCACCAAGAUGGAGAGUCAGGUGGCAGCAAAUACCAUGUUGGUUGUCUUGUCUGCUACUAUCCCUCUUUCUUCUGAAAUAAUCAAUGCUGUUGUUGAAGGAGUGUGUGCCAACCCAUUAAACAAGAAAUCAGCCAUUACUACUGUUUUCAAGAUUUAUCAAUCUAUCCAAGGCGUCCCAGAUGCGUUUCCAAGUCAAAAUUUUGACAGUAUGUUCAAUAUUAUUAAGAGUGAUGACGAAGAAGUUUUCAAGAAUUUAGUGGUGUCAGACUCUACUGAUGGCCAUAAGUUAUUCAUUUCUAUCACUAGAAGAAUCAUUUCUGAAGAUGCUUUUGAUUCUUUCCCAUCUUUGUAUGAUGUUCUUGGCAAAAUUUCAUUAUCUACAGCCUCUAGAUCGGCUCUCAUCAACGACGUUAUCCAGAUUAGCACUACUUCCAUAGAAGAUAAAUCUAAUUUGAUCAAGUUCAUUGAAUAUGUCUCCAAAGAUUCGAAGGAAUUAUUUAUCAAUAUUUUGUCUGAAAAGUACAAUCUCUCUGUUAGCCAAUUUGAGAUGGACUUGCAACAUGUGUUGACGAGUUUGAAGGUUGAUGAAACCGAAAUUGACGGCGCAGACUUGAGUAAGCUGGUGAUAAUCGAUGUUGAUGAGGAAGAGAAACAAAGUUUCAAGCAAAACAUUAGUGAAUCAUCGCAUGCCGCUGGCUCAUUCUUGGUAUUGACAAAAGAGAUUGAUGAAGAGUUCAAGAAAUUGUGUCAAUUAUUCAUGAAGGCCGUCAAGCUUAAUUUUGUUGACGAAUUUUUGAGCAACAUUUUCAAGCAAAACCAAAUAUAUGCCAUCACCUUCCUUUUGAGAGUGGCCCUUACUCAAAACUGCCCUGUGGUUGUCCGUGUGGUUUCGUUGGACAAGACUUAUGAGGCGUUCAAAAAUUUGCAUGACUCAAUGUUCUUGAUGACCGUUUUCCCUAUUUUCUUGGCCAUAUUGUCCGACUCGAACAAAAUAAUUAGGCAAAAAGCGUCUUUGGCUUUGAUUAUCUUGAAGAACAAUGCUGUUGUUGCCAAGUCAAAUUCUACCAUGGCAGAAAACUUGUUUCUUAAAGAUGAUAUCUUUGGUGCGGAGAAUGGGCCAAAGAUUGUUGUCUUGGCUCCAAAAGACUCCAUCAAAGUCCUUGAUAUUUUGAUCGACAACCAAAGUUCUUUAGUCAUUGAUAAAGAUCAAUUAUUCAAAAUCUUUGAAAGUUUAAUUUAUACUGGGUCAUUAUGCAAGAAGAUCAACGAUCUUAUAUUGGCUUAUUUGGCUGAAAACUCCAAGAUUAUCAACUUACCAUUUGUCAAAAUCAACUUGAUGAGAUUGGUUAAUAUUGGUACCAAAAGCUUGAAAAAUGCUGCUGCUUCCAGUGUUAUCUUUGCUGAUUUCUUGAAUGAAUAUUUGACAAGAAGACCAUUUUGGAUUGAUCAAUGUGCUGACUCAAAGUGUGAUUUCAGCUAUUUUGAAAGUCAAAUUUUAAACCUCUUAGACUUUGGAAAGAAAUCCAAACAACAUGACUCCAAGAAGACAUCAGUCAUUACUUCCUUGACCUUCUUACAAAAGGCUUUGAACUCCAAUUACCAAGAGUUGGUGGACUUGUCAGUGAAGAAAUUGAUUGCCUGUUUCUCUAAUUUGAAGUUCGAUUACCAAAUUGCGUUGGCUCAAAGCAUUAUCGAAAGCUCCACCUCAGCGGACACUGUGAUUUUAUACGAUGCUUUAUUGGUUCUUCAAUCUUUACCAUUGACCACAGAUGUUUUCGUUAAGUUGUUUGGUAAUUUCCAACUUUACAAAAAUGGAUCCCAAAACAAUAUGAGUGAGAAUGGCAACAACAAUGAAAAUGUUCCAAAGAGAAGAAGACGUUCUUCCGCAAGCACUAGACAGGCCAUGAAGAAGACCGAAGUGACUAAGUUGGCAGAGGUUCAUUUAAGAAAUGUCAUCAUCUUGUUGGAAACUUUUGAAAAAAUCGGCACUGACUUGCAACCAAAUUCUGAUUUGUUAGUGAGCUUAUUCAACUUGCUCUCCGAUUUGGAAACUUUGGGUGCUGAUGGUAAUUUACCAGUGUUGUAUGCUCAAGAAUCCUUGGCCAACUGUUUGAUUAUUAGCAUUAAGAAUUCGAACAAGUACAAUGUUAAGUUGGAAUCCAAUUCAAUUAGAGCUGAUGUGUUGGUUUCCAUUAUUAGAUCUUCUAAUUCCCCACAAUUGCAAAAUAAAUUAUUGUUGGUCAUUUCCGAAUUGGCGAUUUUGGAACCAGAGUUUAUCUUGCAUUCCAUCAUGCCAAUAUUCACGUUCAUGGGUGCCUACACUAUUAAACAAGAUGAUGAAUACUCUUCUUAUGUUAUUGAGCAAACAAUCUCUAAAGUUAUUCCAGCUUUGGCUUUGAAUGCAAGCACUAGCUCGAACCAAUUGGAGGAAAUCGAAUUCUUGUUGACCAGUUUCAUCAGCGCUUUCAACCAUGUUCCGAGACACCGUAGAGUCAAGUUAUUCUCUACUUUAUCUACAAUUUUGAAGCCAGAAAACUCCAUUCAUAUUAUUAUGUUCUUGAUUGGGAAACAAUAUUCUAAGGCAUCAAUCAAGCAUAAAUACAACGAAUGCAAGUUGUUGGUUGACUUUGUCAAGUCAUUGAUGAAGAACUUCCCUAUUGCUGAUCAAUUGACCUCAAUUGAGAAACUCAUCCAGCUUUGGUCUUUCAUUCCUAACUCUUCAAUAAAUGAAGAUUCUGACGAGGAGGUUGUUAACCAAAUUAAGUGGAGACCAAUUUUUGGUCCAGAGUUCUUGGAGAUGAAUGAUCAAGAUUUGUUGCUUUUGAAAAAGAAUUUGAUCAACUUCAUCGAUAGAAGCAUCAUUACCGAUUCAGAAACUAACAGCCAUAGCUUGCCGUACUUGAAAUUGCAAGUUGCUACUUUAUUGUUGAAUCCGAGAGCUUCCGAAGAAGAUAUUGAUUCUCUUUUGGCAAUUUUCAAUAACAUUAUCUCACAUAUUUUGCUUGAGUUGAGCGGGUCUUCCAGAAAAAUCACCAGUGAAAAUGAUUCUGUGAUAGAAAUUGCCAGCAAAAUCAAUAGAAAAUUCUACAAGUUGUUGAAUGAUGUUUUGAGUUUGUUGCCUGUCAAAUUUUUCGUUGAAGCAAUCAUCAAAUUGACUGAAUUGACCUACAAUGAAGAAAACUCUAUUGUAAUCUCCAAUGUCAUCUUCCUUGCUUCCAGACAGUUUGAAUUGGAAACUUCUGACAACGAAGUCAGUAUUGAAAGUGGUAACAAAUUGUGUGGGGUUUUGGUUAAGAUUGUGGAAGAAUACUGCGAGUCUCCAAAAGUUGAGGUUCUUGAAAUUGUUCAAAACUCUUUGGACACCUUGAGUGCUUUAGUUGAUAAAUUCCACCAAAGUAUUGACAAUGUGUACAUGACCAAGAUCAUGACCUUGCUCACCAAAACCGGUGCUAACAAUCUUAGCUUGAUCAACAAUUUUGACACUCCUGAGCUUAUUAUUUCUUCUUUGAAUUUGAUCAGUAACAUCGUCUCUGUUAUCGGUAUGAAGAGUAUUGCCUUCCUUUCGAAGGUCUUGCCACCAAGUUUCGAAGUGUUUGACAAGUGCAACAACAUCUUGAAGAAGGAAAGCACCAAGGAUGAAGAAUCUUUGGAAGAUGAAAGUGAAGAUGAUGAUGAUGAAUCUAAUACCUAUCAAUUGAUUGAAACUUCUGUGGGUUUGAUGUAUUCGUGCUUCAUUAAGAAGAUGCCACAAAUCAUCAGCUCGAAUUUGAACAGAAUUUUGACAGAGUUGCUUAAUGAAAACUUGAUCAAGAAAGACAUCAAAUUGUCUAUCUUGAAUAUUGUUUUCACCCAUGUUGACCUCAAAGUGUUGUUCAAAUCAUUGCUCAAUAUUUGGGACUCGAAGGAUUUCCAAAGAACUUCCUCUUCAACAAUUGGUUUAUAUUUGAACCUUUUGACCCAAACUAUUGAAGGCUUGGAAAGAUCUGCCACAGUUGGCUGUAUUGGUAUUUUCUUGAAAUUUAUGAUCUCGUGCUUUGAAUUUAUCAGAAGUAAUGAUGAAACCAUCUUCAAUAGAAAUGCCAUUGCCAGAAUUGAGACCUUAAUUUUCAAUUGUGAACUUCAAUUUGUGAUGAAAUUGAAUGACAAAGCAUUCAGACCACUUUUCAGCUCUGCGGUCAACUGGACCUUUGACAACAACCACUUGGAAUCACAAGAUGAUUUUGUUAAAGUCUCUAUUUUCCUUAAAUUUUUUGUCAAGUUACAAGAAAACCUCAAAUCCAUUAUUACAAACUACUACUCCUAUUUUGCUGACCAUGUCUACAAAUUAUUGGAUAAUUUCUCGAACAAGAAUGUAUCUAUCAAUGAAGAAUACUCUGUCAAUGUCCAACGUUUGGUUCUUAUUUCUUUGAAUGCCUCGUUCAGAUAUGAUCAGGAUGAAUACUGGGCCGUUAAUACUAGAUUUGAAAAGAUAACAUUGGCAUUGACUAACCAAUUGGAAAACACCAAUGCCAAGCUUGGUAAACAUUUGACUAAGGCCAUCACUACUUUGGCCGUGAAGAACAGCAAGGUUGCAGAACAUAAUAAGGCCUUGAACAAAUUAUUAAUCAAUCAUUUGAAGGUUGAUUGCUCUGCUCAAGAAAAAUUCUCCACUAUCAAGGUGUUUGAAAACAUUUAUGUUAAGGUUGGUACCAGCUGGUUGAGCUUGUUGCCACAAUUGGUUCCAUUCAUCGCCGAAUUAUUGGAAGACGAUGAUGAAAAGAUUGAAAUGGAAGUCAGAAGUGGUUUGGUGAAGGUAAUUGAAGACGUUCUUGGGGAAAGUUUGGAUAAAUACUUAUCUUAG